AGCAGAUGGCGAUAUGCGUUUUUCAGGCGAUGUUUCUAGUGUGACGAAUAUUCUAGUGGACAGAACGCUUCUUCAACACCUGCAGCCAUCUCGGUAGCUCGCUAGCCAACAAAGUCGGGACAUUCAGGUUCUUUAGACAAUUUCCUGGUUUAUUUGCCACUAUGAUUUAAACAUACUUAUGUGUAAACAACUAACUACCCCAUUUAAUUUAAUAUUUACGUUGUAAGUCAACUAGCUGGCUGGUUAAGUUAACUCUAGUCUUGUCGCUAAUGCUAACAAGCUAUUAUCCCCGACCAUGAGUUCACUAAGCUACUCUCCUCCUGCUAAAGAAGAGGGCAUCUGCUGGACGGAGAAAGAAGCUCUGGUGAAAGAGGAGGAUGUUACAAUACAAAAACAAGUAGAGAGUGAGGCGGUUACCGUGAAAGAAGAAGAGAACGACGUUUCAGUGACAGGCGCCUUCAGGGUGAAAGAGGAGGAGGAUGUUACUGUGAAAGAAAAGGAGGAAGAUGCAGUUUUUGGAGUAGAAGAUGAAGACGUUUUUGGAAUGAAGGAUGAAGAGGGGGAGAUCACUGUCACAUUAGAGGAGGACGAAGAAGAGCAGACUGGAGAACUGAUUAACACCAGUAAAUACAGAGAGAGACGUGACUAUUGUGGAUCCUCUGGGGAGCCUCAACAACAUCAUGAUGCUGAAGAGGCAGAGAAGAGUCUCUCCAGAUCAGAACUUCUCAAGAAACACCAGCAGAGAUCCACAGGGAAAAAAUCAAACUGCUGCUCUGACUGUGGGAAAUGUUUCAAAAGAUCAAAUUCACUAAAAGUACACCUGAGAAUUCAUACUGGAGUGAAAUCUCACUGCUGCUCUGACUGUGGGAAAAGAUUCAAUUCUUCAGUAGACCUUAAAAUACAUAAAAUAAUUCACAGUGGAGAGAAACCUUUUGGCUGUGAUCACUGUGGGAAGAGUUUUAUUCGGCUACAAACCCUGAAAACACACCAGAGAAUACACACUGGAGAGAAACCUUAUGGCUGUGAUCAAUGUGGGAAGAGUUUUACUCAGCUUAACAGCCUGAUGGUACACCAGCGAGGGCAUACAGGAGAGAAACCUUAUAGCUGUAAUCAAUGUGGGAAGAGUUUUUCUACAUCUAGCUAUCUAACUAUACACCAGAGAACACACACAGGAGAGAAACCAUAUAGCUGUAAUCAAUGUGGGAAGAGUUUUAUUCGGCUACAAACCCUGAAAUCACAUCAGAGAAUACACACAGGAGAGAAAUCUUAUGGCUGUGAUACAUGUAUGAAGAGUUUUACUCACCUUAACAGCCUGAUAGUACACCAGCGGACACACACAGGAGAGAAACCUUAUAGCUGUGAUCAAUGUGGGAAGAGUUUUUCUACAUCUAGUUAUCAAAGGAUACACCAGAGAACACACACAGGAGAGAAACCAUAUAGCUGUGAUCAAUGUGGGAAGAGUUUCACUCAGCUAAAUAGCCUGAUAGUACACCAGCGGACACACACAGGAGAGAAAGCUUUUAAAUGUGAUCAAUGUGGGAAGAGUUUUGGUACAUCUGGCUGUCUGAGGACACACCAGAGAACACACACAGGAGAGAAACCUCAUAGCUGUCAUCAAUGUGGGAAGAGUUUUGGUACAUCUGGAUGUCUGACGACACACCAGAGAACACACACAGGAGAGAAGCCUUAUAACUGUAGUCAAUGUGGGAAGAGUUUUACUACAUCUAGCCAGCUGACUUUACACCAGAGAACACACACUGGAGAGAAACCAUAUAGCUGUGAUCAAUGUGGGAAGAGUUUUUCUCGGCCAGACAGCCUGAAUAUACACAAGCGGACACACACAGGAGAGAAAUCUUAUAGCUGUAGUCAAUGUGGGAAGGGUUUUACGACAUCUAGCCAGCUGACUUUGCACCAGAGAAGACACACAGGACAGAAUCCUUAUAGCUGUACUCAAUGUGGGAAGAGUUUUACUUUGCUUAACAGCCUGGUGUCACACCACAGAACACACACAUGAGAGAAUCAUUGCUGUAAUCAAUGUGGGAAGAGAGUCACUGGUAAACGAUCUCUGAUCAAACAUCAGAAAAUACAUGAAGGAGUUGUUUCAUGAUAUCAAUUAAAUAAUGUCACAGUGUAGAAUGUUUUAACAUUGUAGUAGCAGUAUUUUAAGGAAUGUCAGAAUGUAGAACCCUAAACGUUUGCUCUGAAUUGAAAGAGUACUAUUUAUGAGAUUUAACAAAAAGUGACUAACAAAAAAAGGAGUUAUGUUACACUUACCAAGUUGGUGACCCACUUCAAUCAAAAUGCAACACUUCAAAAUGUAGCUAGCUGUUUUCUACAAAUUGUCCUCUAACCAGGGAUGUACACAUUAUUCCCAGAUUCCGGUUUUUGAGCUGUUAGUUUUAACAGGACGUGCAACCUCAUCUCCCUCCUCUCGCACAAUUAAAUUCAACAUGAUAUCGUUGAGUGAUGACAAAUAAGUGUUGCGUUCCUUUGUUAAGCGACCCCUAAAUGUAAAUGCAUCACUGUUGGACUGCUUUUAGAAUAUCGGGGUUCAUUCUCAGAUGUGCCAAACCAAAUGUACUAGAGCAUGACAUUGGGGACUGGGUCCCGAUCCAACAACAUGCCUAUUGAGUGAACCCUGAAAAGAGAGAGAAGUUCCGCAAUGAGGUGGAAAGUUACUACAGAUAUUGCAGGAGUUUCCUCUUGAAAUCAGACACAACUUGGUUGCUGAUUGUCUCAAGGGUGGGCAGCCAAAAAGAUUUGUGAUUUGCGUUUAGCCAGUGAGUUGCCAUGGAUCACAAUUUAUUUUGACUGCAUGUUUUUCGUAUUGGAGAUGAGUUUUGUUUGGGCUCGUUCCAAGGGGACGAGAGUUCUAGAAGCUAGUGAGUUUUAGGAUUCUAUAGAAAGAAAAUGGAGAAAAAUAAUACUGUUGUAUAUUAUUAUUUAGAAAUACGUGUUUUAUCUCGUUUUUAAUUGUUGACAGCCAGUAGACACCAUGUUUAUAUUGUAGAAGGGAAUCAAUUUAGUUGAUUAUAUUGGGAAAUUAAGUUGUUUUCGGUUGGUCGUGAGUUAAUUUGUCCAACAGAAAUAUAGGAUAUAUUUGUUGUCUUAAUUAAGGGGGAAGGUGUUACAGGCUUUGGUAUUUCCAUUUAUGUUUUGAGGUUGGACUUUAGCACGUAUAGCUCGUUAGCACGUAUAGCUCGUUAGAACGUAUAGCUCGUUAGCACGUAUAGCUCGUUAGCACGUAUAGCUCGUUAGCACGUAUAGCUCGUUAGCACGUAUAGCUCGUUUAGCACGUAUAGCUCGUUUAGCACGUUUAGCACGUAUAGCUCGUUUAGCUCGUAUAGCUCGUUUAGCACGUAUAGCUCGUUUAGCACGUAUAGCUCGUUUAGCACGUAGGACGCACUGAUUGGUGUCACCUCGUUAGUCAGUAUGUGUUACACCUGUGCUAUCUUGUCCAUCUCGUUAGUGGGAAGGUGUUUCACCUGAGCUGGUCCAGGUUUUAUUUAAGAGUGUCUGGCCCAGUGCUUCAGUUGUCUUGGUAGAUGUGGAGAGUCAACACAUUUAGUUGCUCCACCUUUUUGGUUUACUUCCUGUCUUUAAGUUUGGUGUUGUUUUUUCUUUUGUUUGCCUCUUGGGCAGAUUUAGUGGGUCUCAUGGUUGGUGUCUUUUAGGUCCCAGAUGUUAUUAGUCAAUUUUCAGUGGGCACCCCAUAGUGUCUUUCAGAACCCCUCUUAAAAAACAAACGUAUAUUUUGUGUUGUAUAUUGCGUCCAAUUAAUAUUUUAAUCAAUGUAAUUUCCUUAGAAUGUUCAUUAGUCUUUCAGUUGUUAGUCUUCUAAUUUUUAUCCUCUUAUGUUCGUGUACUAAAUAUUUCUGUUUAUUUUCAAUGUUUUUUAACUUGUUUUUUCCUGUGACGAUGAUGCAUGUCUGAAAUGUGCUGUAUAAAUAAAGCUUGAUUUGA